AUGGUUUGGGCUGGAAUUUGCGCCCACACGAUCGUUGGGCCGUAUUUUUUUGAAAACGAAAAAGUAAAUGGUACGACGCACUUAGACAUGCUGCAAAAUCUUAAAAUUGAACUUGCAGAAAGUCCAGUGUUUGCCGGUCAUCAAAUGACAUUGCAACAGGAUGGCGCACCUGCGCAUUUCUCAGUCCAAGCACGAACGUUUCUCAAUGAAAACUUUCCGGGAUGGAUCGGACGCCGCGGAAUAGUUGACUGGCCACCACGGUCGCCGGAUUUUACACCCUGUGAUUUUGCCUUAUGGGGCAUACUGAAGGACAGAGUAUUCGCCCGUCGGCCACGUUCCAUCGAAUUUUUGAAAGCAGUCAUCACGGAAGAACUUGAUGUGAUCAGUGACGACAAAGCUCUUCUAGAACGCAUCUGCCAAACGGUACGAAAGCGUUGUUUAGAGUGUAUUGAUGAAGACGGCGGUGAUAUUGAACAUACGCCAUGUAUAAAUUAA